AUGGGGAAAUAUCUGCGGUUCUGUGUUGUCUGGAAGGGUCGUGACUGCGCAGGGCCCGGGCGAAGUGUCCGUGUUGCUUUAUUUAUUCAUCGGUCAUUUGUAGUGAGGCCAUUGCAAUCAAGAAUCUGGAGUAGAGUUUGCAAGAAUAGUUUUCACUUAGAGAGCGAACUGUGGGCUUCACCGCAGCCGGGUGGCCAGAUAGAGGCGCUAGGCUGCUGUAGCGUGUGUUCUCGCCCACAGGGGCCUCAGGGGCCACAGGGAGUCGGCGCCGAGGGCGGCAGCGACGGCGGCGGCGCGGCGGCGCGGGCCUCCGUGCAGUGCCCGGUGUGCGGGCGGCAGUUCCAGGGCACCAAGCGGAACUACCUCCUGAACCGGCACUUUCAGAUCCACACGGGGGAGAAGCCGUACCAGUGCCCGCACUGCUCGCACCGCGCCAACCGCAAGAGCAAUCUUAAGAUGCACAUUGAGUCCCGCCACGGCGCGCAGGCCGCCUUCUACGCCCUCACGCCAGAGCCCGGCGCCACGCCCGACGCCGCGCUGCCGCCUUUCCUGCCCGACGCCCUAGGCGCCGGCGGCCCCGAGGACGUGCAGAAGGGCGGCCCGGCGGCCAGGGCGGGCGAGCUCGGCCCGGGGCCCAAGGGACCAAGGGCGGUCCGCUCGCCGACCCGGGCGCCGCGAACGCGAGUCACCUGAAGCUCAACUACGGCCCGCAGGAGGCGCAGCUGGGCCCGGGGGCGUCCUUCGGUACCUUCCAGGACACCGGAACCCUCCGGCAGGACCUGGCCGACGCAAGACCGCACCGGGGAGCCGUCCAAGCGAACUAUAGUCAGCAACAAUAAAUUUUCUCUUUGCGUGAACCCAGUGAGCUGCCAAGCAUCCUCUCCAUCUCGGCGAACGUAAAAUCGAUGUCAGAGUGUAUCCAGUCAAGACUUGCGAGCGAGAUUUGCAACGUCAGUUGCUAUCAGUUCAUCCUCCGGCAUUGACAGUGUGUGUUUGUGUUUUGUAUCUGAUUCUGAAGUGUCCACGACGUCCCGAGUUGCUGCGGCGCGUCCUCCCGCUGCGCCGCUCGCCCGCUCGUUCCGGACUCGUUCCCUGCGCCCGGUCAGUGCUCAUUGCGACGAAAGUAGGAGGAGGCAUACGUGAGAGUGGAAACCAGUACAGUGCAGGAGAUGCCUUUGGCCGGCUACGAUUAGAUAUUCAUCGUGGCGAA